UUAGAAUAACACAGUAAAAAAUUUGUUGCAAAAAAGAUUAGUACUAUAUGUAUGAAUGUUAUACUUAUGCUAAGGUAUUUGAUAGCAAACGUAAUUAUUCCUUUCAUAGAAAGGAAAGGUAGCAUGCUGCAUAAUCAACGGAGAUCACCGAAAAAUUGAGCGUAGUUAAUGAAAGUUACGAUUGAUGGUAUCAUAGUUGCCAAAUGUAGAUUACUGAAAGAAAGUCUACAUAAAUCCUUCUGCGAUUUUAUUGUUAUUACUGAUAUAAGAAUUUAAUUAUACACAAAUUUUCAUAUGGAUCGAACAGUUUAUUAAAAUUCGUAGUGAUUCGAUUACGAAGCUAAUAUUGAUGCGUAUAGAUAGAACGACAUAAAUGACAGUGAUGUAUAGAAAAUAAAUAUCCUGAUAAAAAUGACGUGGUGAAGAGAGCUUUAUCGUUCUACAAAAUCAUCGAAGAAAUUGCAAGGUACACACUGUAUCAACAGUUUCUAGUGUUUCGUUCGGAUAUCGUUUCAACCAUCUACAAAAAGGGAUAAAAAAAUUUAUUUCAAAUGUCGAAUGUUUCGAAUAUAGUUCCGAACGUAACUCAAAAGAAUUAUUUUUUGAAUUUGGAAAGUUAUUUCAAUUACAUUGGUCAUAUGUUAUAACACAAAACAUUCCUACUAUUUAUAUGUUAUUAUGUAUUAAAUGUUAUCGAAUCAUGAAAAGUUAAUAUUGGUUAUAUAUUUAGAAUGCAUCUUGUGAGAGUAAAUGAAAGGAUGGAAGAAAGUACAAGUUCUGAAAAUGUUUGGUGUAAAACUAAAGCAGACGAACAAAAUAAUUAUCAGUAUCAUCCGGAAUCUAUAACUUCCUCUAUGGAAGCAAAUUCUACUUCUUUAGCAGAUAUAUUUGAUACAGCAUUUACAUCUACAGUUGAUCCCUCUCCACAACCAAGAUUUAAUUCAGCCAACGAAAUGGAAUAUGAUCACUUAUUUGCAGAAAGUGAUGUAGAAGAUUUGGAUGUGGUACCUAUUAAUCCUUAUGUAAAUCCAUCUCAUCAUGCUGCAUCAAAUAGUAAUUUUGUUUUUGGAACUUAUUUACGUGGGUCUGAAACAGCAGCAGGAAUUUUACAUGAAUGUGAUCAUCCAGUAAAACAUAAAAGUAGAAAAAGCGAAGAACGCAAAUCAUUCAAUGAUCAGCAUUCUGAUAGUUUCAGUGUAGCUGGACCAUCUAGAUUGUCAGAUGGAACUUCUAACAAAGUUAUGCAGAAUAUGGAAAAUGACAGUGCCAAUGAAGUCAAUACUUUAUAUCCCUCAGUUAUGCCAAAUGCAAUUCAUUCUCAACAAAAUUCUAUACGUGCAACAAAAAAUGACGAUACACCAUCAGCACCUGAUCUACAAUUAGAUUGGUCCUCAAGUAGUGAUGAUGCUACUAGUAGUGACGAUGAAGAUGGAUCAGUUGAAGUUCUUGUUUCAGUAAAUCAUAAUAAUAAGCAACAAAAUUCUGCACAAAAUAAUGAGGAACGUAAUCGUCCAGUAACUGUAGUUGAUUUAACUGUGGAGUCAGAUGAAGAACAUACUCCACCUACUCCAACAACUUCUGUAGUAACACCGGGUACAACAGAUUAUGUACAUAGUGGAAACAACACUUAUUGCAUGCAUGACCAUUUGUAUCAUGGUCGAUGUAUGCAUCAUAAUUAUAGAAUACCAAUUCCUGUUAUACCUGUAAGAUAUAGCCAAUUACCAGAUGCUUCUACUGGAAUGUUAAGAUCACGUAUGCAUCCAAUACAAGAAAGGCUAUGGAGGAUGCAACAACGUGUACAAGAAGUACAUAGGCGGAGUCUUCAUCCAAGAUUUUCAACACAUCACACUACAACGUCGUGCAAUCCACAUGUUCAUCAAGCAAACCAACAUACAUGUAAUAACGGAAAUGUUAAUCCUGCAAGUAAUCGUUGUAACGGUUCAGAAAACAUGAUAUUUGCGGAAAAUUAUUUCCCAUCUCCAAUUUUACCACCACCACAACAGCCUACUGUUUAUAGUCAUCCAGAGGCUAGGAGGCCACCGAGUGUUAGUCCGCCUUGUCCCGCUCAGUCUGUGAUGGAAAAUUCUUUGAGUGGUGUAGAAAUGGAACCAACACCACCUCCAGUUAUGCUACCUUCAAUGCCAGUUCAUCCUUACGUACAUCAUAUGUAUCAUCAUUAUGGUUCUCAUCGAAGACCACCUGGUCCACAACAUAGACACCAUAUUCAUAUCAAUUGGUUGCAACAUCUUCAUUUGCAAGGCUCUGAUGCUCACGAUAUGAUGCCGUUUUCAUCUUUGGGUUUGUUGCAUCCAGCGCGUCAAAUGUCGGCGCAACUUGAGAAUUAUAUGCGUCUUGUUGAUUUACGACGUAUGGCCGCUAUUAGUUGCGGAGCUACGCAGGAGUCGAUAGAAAGUCACACAUUCCGUCAUAAGUACAAACGGGAGGCUUCCAUGCAUGCAUUUAUUUCACAUAGACUGUGUCGAUCAAUGGUUAUGUACUAAUAAACGCUGUCCUAUAUGUCGAGUGGAUAUCGAAACUUUUUUACACAAGGAGCUUGAAAGCACUACAUAGUUUAAGGUCGAUUUUAACCAUCUGUUUUCGUUUUAUAUAAUCAGGUAAUAUUCACAUCUAAAUAUUUUAAAAGAAUCCUAUUCAUGAGAAAACCUUUUUCUGACACUGCUAUGAAUGUUGAUGUAAAAAAAUUUUACUGUGAAUAAUCAAAAUAUCGAUAAUGGAAUAGAACUAAGUUCCUGGAGUUGUAGAAAAGAUUUGUUUUGAUUAAUUAUCUUUAUUAAUAUCCAUGGUAUUAGUAAUAAUGUACAUAAAAAAAUGUUAGGUUUGUUUAUUAUCCGUUAUUAUAUUGAUAAAAUAUGUAAUUUGAUUGAUAAUUUAUCAUGUAUGUAAUGGUUUCGAAACCACAAAUUGUUAGAUUAUAGAAAAUAUUUGAGGUGAUACAUCUCUUUGUGUUUUUUAUUCUACUUUUUUGUCAUGUGAUAUAUAAAAGGAAAAGAAAUUUUAAUCAUUAACAACAACCAAUCAAUGAAUUUUUGAAUUAAGUUAGAACUGAGAUUAAUGGAAAUUAAUUAUGUGAAAUAAUUACGUGAAAACAUAUUAUUCCUGUGUUAUAGUAAUUCUCCACUGGGUGCUAUAUUGAUAUAAAUUUUAUAUACGAUAAACAUAUUCUAAUGAUUUGUGAAAACGGUUAAAGAUUCUUUGAGGCUAUGUAUACUUUUCGUAAGUUUUUAUAUUGAACGAGUUUUUUAAUAAAACUAUAUUCAAAUAAUUCUUUACUAAUAAUUUUUUAUUCUUCAUAAAAGAGUAUAUCGUUGUAUUAAAAAAAAAAGAAAAAAGA